AUGUUGCAUUUUCUAGUAAUUUUAAUACUUCUUUUGACGCCACUUAAUGCAGCUAGUAAAAAGAAAACCCGCCCUUUGUACUUCUUAUCGGUGAAAUAUGAUAUGAACCCUAAACUUCAAAAUAAUUUUGAAAUUUCCAUUAAUGCUGACAACACUUCUAUAAAUAUAUUAUUUGAUCUACGAGAGGAUCUCGACAAUAUAUGGGGUAGUACAAAUAUUUUAAUAUGGCUGAAGAAUUUAAAGGCCUAUAAACAAAUAAUUACUUAUGAUGUGAAUGUGUGCUAUCAUCUGCAACGGGGCAAAAUGGAGAAAACCAAUAUAUUUAAUGUGUGGAUGCAGAAUAUUCUGAAGUUUAGUAAUAUAACGAAAUCGUGUCCGGUUGUAAAGAAUAUUUACUAUGUGUCAAAUUUGAAACCCGAUAAGGACAGUAUUCCACCCUUUACCCCAGCAGGUCGUUGUCGUUUGCUGACCAGUAUGUAUACCAAUCGAAGUGGUUUUAAAGAAGCUAUUGGCAGUGCAGAAAUUGAUAUAGAACUGAAAUAA